UCAGAGUAUGCUCACCGUCCAGCACUGUGUCAGACGAGGGAAACCCCGAGGUCCAAAUGUCUCCCUCUGGGUCUUCGUUGUUCCACAGAGACAGGUAAUGUUUGCGGCUCACCUGAAGGGGAACAUCGCUUUGAAGCACCACACUCCUCUCCAUGCCAUGCUUGACCAGCAUGGGCAGUGAACGGACAUCCUUUAUACGGGGCAGGAGAGCAGACCUCUGUACACCACACCGGAGCUUUUCAAUGCAAAUGUAACCGUGUCCCAGUCUCCUCUCGUUGUAAACAAAAGAGCACUGCGUGAUGUUGAUGUCAGUCCCAGUCCUCAGGGUGUUUGUGUGCACCAGGUGAUUUAAGCUAGGGUGAACAAAGCAUUUGGCUCGCCAGACUCCGUCAGUGACGGUAACGUCGUAGCUGUAGCUGUCGAGCUGCUGCCCCUCGGUUUGCUCAGAUAAGUACCGCUGAAGUGCAAUUACAGCAACAGGAGCCGCCUCCUCCUCCUCAGUGUUUACUUUCAGACACUGUAUGGAGGAUAACCGCUCCAAAGUCCUCUGGAGGUAAGACGCUUGAGAAAGACCGGUGACCACCGAAGAACAGGACGAGUUAUCCUCCAUUAUGGACAGGACAUCGUCCAGAGGCGAUGUGCAUGCAGAGGCUACUUCCAACCUGAAUGACUCCUCCCACAGACUGUUUGCCCCUCUGCAAUUAAGCAGAAUAUUUCACAUCACCAGGACCAGCUCUGCGAGUGUGAUCAAUUUUUCGACUUCCUCCUUUUGGAGUGGCUAUGCUGAAUACCAGAACACAGGAUAUGCUUCGCAGUGCUCUCAGUUUUUACAGCAGCAGCAGCAGCAGCAGCAACAACCGUGAGGACGACUCGCUCUGCAGUCAAGAUGAGUGCUGGGGAUGUGGUCUGCACCGGCUGGCUCAUUAAAUCCCCCCCUGAGAAGAAAUUAAAGAGAUUUGCGUGGAGGAAACGCUGGUUCGUGCUUCGAAGAGGUCGCAUGAGCGGCAAUCCUGAUGUGCUGGAAUACUAUCAAAGUAAGAACUCCAAAAAGCCAAUCCGCACCAUCGACUUGAAAGAGUGUGAGGUCGAAAUGCUGAACGGGCAGCUCAGGAUAAAGCGAGACUUCCAUGGAAAGCACCUUUUUGUGGUAAAGACCUCAUCUCGUGUUUUCUACCUGGUGGCCAAAACUGAGGAAGAGAUGAACAGCUGGAUCAGUAGCAUCAGUCAAAUCUGCCAGUUUGGGAGCCUGGAGGAUGCAGAGAGUUCAGAAGAAGGCUUUCCUCACACCCCCACCUCCCUUCAGCCGUCCCCUGACAGCUCUGACCGAGUGUCUGUAUCAAGCCAACCAGAUUCCAGUCACCCACUGGACUACCUGUUUCUCUCACAGUGUGAGACGGGGAGUGUAAGCACUAGUAGACAUGACAGCUUUUCAAACUCUGAGAUCUCUCUGGAGCAGAAGUCAUCAGACGAUGCUGUCAGGGACAUUGUCCCCUCACCUCUUUACACCGAUUCCUCUUCCUCCUGCUUUCAUGCCAGCCCAAGUCCAUCUCUUUUCUUCCAUGGGAGGUUGACUAACCCUCCUUUCAGCGCUCCAUGCUCCUCCAUGGCACUACCGUCGUCCUCUUCCUCUCCACAACGCCACUGUGCCACAAGUGUCUUCCAGUUUGACAAACCUUAUUCUUCUGCAUCGUUUGAGGCAACGAGUGACAGACAAACACCCCCUCCGCUGCCACCCAAGUCUAAUCUCCUGUCAGAGCAGCUGAGUGAUAAUUUAGUUCGCAGGCCGAGGGCAAACCAUGCUGCAUUAUGUCUCCGGAGGACCUCUUUGUCAAACCUGGACCAUUUCAGAACAGGAGAUGCUGAUAGCAGAUUGAUGAGGAACAGGAGGCAGAGUCUUAAUCUGCAGCCUUGUUUAAAUACCACACAAGUUCAAAGCUACCAGGAUGAGUCAUAUGUCCCCAUGGCUUCCCCGUCUCCCUCUGUUACCACCAUUGAAUGUGAUGGCUACAUCCCCAUGAGCCCCGGGACAUUCAGUUUCCACAAUACAAACUGCAACUUUGAGUCCUCCACUACUCUCAGCACACCAAUGCGUCAACCUGGAGAUGUUGCGCCGCCUCCAAUCCACCGGCAUCUCAAGCCUCGCCUGAGGAGAGCUCGACCUCCACCUCUUGACUUGAGAGGCCUCUCUACAAUAACAGAAUGUCCCACUCAUCUUCCUUUGAGCAGAGCAAUGACUGAAUCAUGCUUUGCAAUGAACUGUUUACCUCUUGAUAGAAGAAUUGAAAACGUGGACAAUCCACGAGAUGAAGACACACAGUGCACUCCAAUGGAGUCAAGGCAACAUUUCUGUGUCAACUUUGAUGGAACGGUUCAACCCUGGGCGAGAAGAUCAAACCUUGACUAUUUGUCACUGGAUUUCAAUUCUGCAUCCCCCUCUCCUGUGCAGAAGCAGAAGUCCUUUCUGUCUGAUGAUCACAGAGUAGAUUACGUGCAGGUGGAUGAGAAGAAGACUCAGGCGCUGCAAAACACCAAAAUGGAGUGGACAGAUGUCAGGCAGUCAAAACCAUAAAUGGAACAUACCUGCUGAAAAAAAAUCACUUGGUUUCAAGAAAUAACACCAGCGAGGAGGACAGAAGAGGACCAAAAACUAUUUAAAAGCACUUUGAAAAACAGUAUUAAAAGUACAAGAGUAAAUAAGCAUUUAGAUGAUUGUUUGCCUAGUGGAAACACAAAACUGCACUGUAAAACUUGCACUCUCAGUAGAUCAAUUUUGUAAAUAAUACAAGAUUGUGCACUGUAUCACAAUGAUCUUUACCGUAGCAUAAUGUCUUACCAAAUUUUGAAAAGGGCAUAAUAUUGUUUCAUUGUAAAAAACGCAUGUGAGAUUUGCUGUAAAUGUAUGUAAUAAUUGUGAUUGUAAAUAAGACAACUAUUUUAAUGAUAAUAAUUAUUAAACAUAUUAAACAUUAUGAUGUUUAAAUGUCUUUCCCUAAUUAUGUAUCAUAGACCAAAAUGAUCCAUCCUGAUUAUUCUCCUGCUCCUUCUGUGACCUUCAUAUUGAAGAUGUUUUCACUUGUUUUGGUACUGUGAUUACUCUAAGAGAUUCUGGAAACAUGUCAUAGAAAUUGUUUCCUGUACAUCCACAUAACCUCCCCUUGAGGUUUGAAAAUGUUAUCUUCUGGUUUUAAGAGAGAGGACUCAGAAUAUUUUUUGUGUGUGUGACAAACCUUAUCUUGCUUCUAGCUAAACAUCACAACCAGGACUAAAAAUUCAAUAGAAGCUAAAUCUUUUUUUUAUUUUUUUUUAUUUAUUGUGUUUUGUUUAUUUAUUUAAUUAUAUGAUGUAUUUUGUCUCAUGCACAUGUCUUCCCCCACCAGCAUUUUCUAUCUUUUA